AUGGCAAAGGCUGCCUCCAGGCACGCCACUCCGGAUGGCGAGAAUGAUCCCAGUCUUGCCACUCCCAAGCCCAAAGCCGCCCAAGUGCUGCCUCCUCGCAAGAGCAUGACAAACAUCACAAACUCGGUUUCAUCCAAGCGCAUCCUUCCCGCCCAUCUCCAAUCUGCUUCCAAACCCAAGCAAUCUUUCAAUUCGCUCAAGUCCGCCAUGCGCGCAUCCACCUCUUCCAACAACGCUACUCCGCAACCAAGGAGGAAGCGCACGGAUGCGGAGCCUGCUACCGUCACUCCACGACCCAAGACGUUGACCACCAACUCCACUGCUGACCUCCGCAAGAUGCAGUCUGUCAGCGAUAUUUCCAGGCUCACCAUCGCUUCUUCCAGCAGCCACGACACGUCUGAGAUCAGCGAAAUCGAGCCCGUCAAGGCCUAUCUCCGCAUCCGUCCUCCGUCUAAUGAUGCACCCAAACAGUCUGCCCGCCCUUACAUCGAGGUGGUCAGCGAUACCGAGGUGCUCAUGCAUCCUCCAUCCCAGCCCGCCUACUCCAGCGCUAUCCCGGGAAUCAGAUCCAGGACCACAAGCAUCGUCCCUCCUACAAAGUAUAUUUUUAGCAAAGUGUUUGCUAGUCAGCCUCCGACGACCUCUCCUUCCGUUGCUGAGCAGGACAUGUCCCAGUCCGCCUUUUUCCAGCACACUUCGCUCCCGCUCGUUGAGGCCCUACUCCAAGGUGAGAGCGGUCUCAUGUUCACCUACGGCGUCACCAAUUCGGGUAAGAGCCACACCGUCAUGGGCAACAGCGAGCCCGGAGGCGCUGGCAUUCUUCCCCGCUCGCUUGACGUCAUUUUCAACAGCAUCAAGGGCCUUGAGAGCACUGCCGACAUCCAACCCGUCGGCCUCUCUGGCGUCCAGCGCGUCGACAAACACUCGGCGCAAGCUGACGCCGCUUCGGUCCCAGGUGUCAAUCCAUUCAUGAUCCCAAGCGUCUUCCGUCGACUCCUCGCCGAAGCUCCUGCUCGUGCUGCAAAGCCUGCGAAGCUCAUCGAGCAUGACGCUACCAAAGUAGCCGUUGACCGCAACCUCCGCUACAGUGUCUUUGUCAGCUACGUCGAGAUCUACAACGAAAAGCUCUUUGACCUCCUCGACGUCUCCCCCGGCUCUACUCUGGGUCGCUCCGAAUCCGUCCGAGGAUCCAACUGGAGCCUUGCUAACAUGGCCAACGCUGCACCGAGCUCCAUGCCAUCUAGUGCAAGCAUCACCCUCAACCGCAAGCCGCUAAGUCUCAAGAAUGAUCACGAGAACAACGGCAAGUACGUCGCUGGUUUGCGUGAGGUCAAGGUCAAUUCGGCACAAGAAGCUCGCGACCUCCUUCACAGAGGUCAGGAGAACCGCGCCGUCUUUGGCACCAUGGCAAACAGAGCCAGUUCCCGUAGUCACGGCAUCUUCACCAUCAAGGUCAUCCGCCACCACGGUGGCCUCACCAGUUUGUCCGACGCCGAUCUUGACUCAUUUACCACUGCGCGCCUUAGCAUCGUUGACCUUGCCGGUAGCGAGCGCGUCUCCAACACGGGUCUGGCCAGUGGAGAUCGUCUCAAGGAGGCCGGCAACAUCAACAAGAGUCUCAUGUGUCUCGGCCAAUGCCUCGAGACACUGCGCAAGAACCAGGUUCGUCUCAUGGGCUCCACCGAGGGCGGUCAGGCUGCUACUGUCAAGCGACGCAUGAGCAUCGUACCAUUCCGCCAUUCGAAACUCACAGAGCUCUUCCAAAGCUUCUUUGUCGGCGAGGGGAAAGCAGUCAUGAUUGUCAACGCCAACCCCUACGACACGGGCUUUGACGAAAACUCGCACGUGAUGAAGUUCAGCGCUAUUGCAAAGGAGGUGUCUGUCCCACGUCCUAUGGGGCCCAUCACCAAGAUGCUCCCUCCACUUCCACCGCACAAAGAGAAUCGCGCUUCCGGUUCUCGAUCGCUGCCCAAGUCAAAGUCCAGCAUCGAUAUGACCGCCUCCGACAGCGAAGCAAGCGCUGAUGUCACCAUCGUCGAAGAUGAUGAAGAGUUCGAAGACGAGAAUCGCGACGCAUUCGUCGAUAUGCUCGUCGAAAAGCACGAGGAGCUGCGACAGAAGCUCCACGCCGCCGAACUCCGCUGCGCUACCAUCGAAGCUGAAGUCCGAAAGGAGAUGGUCGACGAGCUCGAACAGAGACUCCUCGAGAUGGAAGAGUACUACAACAGCAGGAUGAUGAACGACGCCGAACAGAACGCCCAGUUCAUGAAUCGCAAGAUCGACCUGCUCGUCAGCACCAACUCUCGCAACGAACCCGAACUCAUGACCGACGACAGCGACGCCGAGUCGCAUGACUCCGACAUGAGCAUGAGCGAUGAAGAGGAGCAGUACGAGUCUGGCCAUGACGAGGUGGAAGUCGAAGGCACUCUUGGUGCUGCUGCUGCUAAAGGCCGCGGUGUGGAUCUCACCAUGAGCGAGGUCAGCGGUGGCGAAGAGAGUGUUUUCGAUGAUGCCACAGAAGGCGAGCUGUCCAAAUCUCUGGCUAUCGAAGACGAUUCCGAAGUUGACGAGCCCGAUUUCAGCCGCAACGAAGAUUCUGCGAUUCUCAAGCCGGGAAGUGCCAGCAAGCGCGCUGCAUCGAAGAAGGUCAAGUACGUUGCUUCCGAAGACUCGUUGUCUGGAGCAGACGAAAAUGCUGCCGGCUCUGACUCUGAUUCCGAGUCCCAGUCCCAGUCCGAAUCCGAAGAUGAUUCCGGCUCUGGUUCCGAGCACUCUUCGGAGAGUGGAGAAGAUGACAACUUGUCGUCAGCCUUGAGCGCUGCUGCAGACGACGAGAACGAUAAAAGCUACGACAGCGAUGAAGAAGUCUCCCAGGGCAACGACAGCUUGCGCGCAACCGAACGAGGCAACUCGCAGGUUGUCGUCGACAUUGCAUUCAGCCGUGCCGAUGAGAGCCUCGGUUCCAUCACAAGCAGUUCGCCAUCGGCUCAAGACUUCGACUCGGACUCGUCAUUUGAUGCCCGCAACCUCCUGACGGACAGCGAGGACGAGGAGCAGCGUCCCGCCGCUACUCGAUGUCAAUCUGGUCGUGCAAGCGGAGCAAACAACAACAACAAGGCAGUCCGUGGCAGCAACGGCAGCACAGCCACAGCCCGCGGCCGUCGCUCCUCCAACAAGUCCCGCGCCUCGUCGCACGACGCUUCCAUCCUCGACCAGGCCGGCGCACUCACCGAUCUCAGUGAUGCUAGCAUGGUAAUGGAAGAGACAACUACGCCGAAGAAAAAACGCAAGCUGCGCAAGAAGGCCGCCAUGCAGGAAGAUGAUUACGUUGAACAGAUUGGCGACUCGAGUCUGGUCGAGGCGGUUUAUUCGAAUACGAGUCACAAUACGUCUAGGGCCUCAGGCGCCAGUAGGGCGUCGCGCAGCUUCAACAGUCGGGCUUCGAUGCGCUACUAA